AAGAGGCGGGUCUAAGCGCGGCAAAGCUGUAAGAACGUUAGAACAUGGCGGACAGAGGAGGGGGUGGGUGGCUGACUCUUGUAAAACCGAAGAAAUAGCGCUAUUUAAUGAAGAUUUUUUAAAUAAUUAUUGUUCAGACAGUUGACGAGCGUUUUGGAGGAUGGACCGUGUUUAGACGUGGGCAAAGGUUUAAGCUGAAUGCAUUGUGAUUUCCAAUAAUUGAGACAGUGAUUUCUAAAAAGCUGUCUACAUUAAUGAAAAGAACAAUGUAGUCGGCUUAGCGUGCUCAAGAAACCGAGUGUUUACGUCCGUCUGGUGUUUUUAGGUGAACGUUUGGGCUUUGAUUAGUUUUUAGCACUUAACUAAGCUAGACUUCUAAACAGGGUUAGUUAUACAGAGAUAUAUAGAUUUAUAUAUAUUAUUAAUUGGAUGAUGGAUGUUGGUGAGUUUGUGCCUCCCCUCCCUCUGGAGCCUCCUGAUGAUGAAAUGUCAGGAAGCGGUAAAUGUAAAGCUCCUCCACCACCUCCCCUGCAAACGUCCAGUGACGCCGAGGAAAUGGACGUUAGCUCCGGCGGUGAUGGACCCUCGCUCGCGCCGGCCGAGGACACCGACGUCCCGCUCCUCACCAAGGGCUCGGCGUCUUUUAGCGGUCGCGCAUUACACGGCGACUCGUGCCCAGGCACCGGGCGCCACGCUCCCCCUGUCACCUCCUUCCUCCCUGACCUUAGGCUCCUCCGAGACGUUAAGAUCAGCGUCAGCUUCGGAGGAGACGGCGGCGGCGGCGGCGGCGGCAGCAAGGGCAAAGACAGAAAAGUGUUGUACACAGGGCAGGGUCAGAUAGACGAGCAGCAGCUAGAGAAUGGGAAGGCGCAGGGUAACACGGGAGAGGGAACGGGGCAGGGAGACGCGAGCGUAGAACCCGAGGCCGAGCAGGAGAACAAGGUGGAGUUCGCCGUGCUGGACGAGCUGGAGGAUUUCAGCGAGAACUUCCUGGAGCCAGAGGACGGAGAGGAGAGCGAGUACACGUCCGAGAUGAUCGUUCAGCAGCAGCAGGCCAACGACGAGGACCACGUUUACUCCUACGAGGACGACUUUGACAAUGAUGUAGAUGCGCUGUUAGAGGAAGGCUUGCCGGUGCCCAAGAAGAUGCGCCUGGCGGAGGAUAAAUACGCAGCAGACAGCGAUCAUCAGUCUGACACGGAGCAGGGUGUCCAGCCCAUGAUUACCAAAAUUAAGACUGUUCUCAAGAGUCGAGGGCGUCCGCCUACAGAGCCUCUUCCUGACGGAUGGAUCAUGACAUUCCAUAACUCCGGCAUUCCAGUCUACCUCCACCGGGAGACCCGGGUCGUUACCUGGUCCAGACCUUACUUCCUCGGAACUGGAAGCAUCAGGAAACACGACCCUCCUACCAGUAGCAUCCCCUGUUUGCACUAUAAGAAAAUGAAGGAACAGGAAGAAAGGGAGCAGAACGGAGAAGUGACGCCCAACGUGUCUCCGGUCAAAGACGGCGAGGACGGAGAACCGCAGGAGAGAACCGAAGAGCCCGACUCCACGGCUCCGGAGGGGACGUGUGACGAGUCCAACCCGGACACGAUGGACAACCAGCCUGAGGGGAAAGACGGCCAGGGGGGCGAGACGGCGCAGGGGGCGCUGGGGCAGGUCAAAGCCAAGGUGGAGGUGUGCAAGGACGAGUCUGUCGACAUCGAGGAGUUCCGCAGCUACCUGGAGAAGCGCUUCGACUUCGAGCAAGUGACGGUGAAGAAGUUCCGCACGUGGGCGGAGCGACGGCAGUUCAACAGGGACAUGAAGAGGAAGCAGGCGGAGUCAGAGAGGCCCAUCCUCCCGGCCAAUCAGAAGCUCAUCACGCUGUCGGUGCAGGACGCGCCCACUAAGAAAGAGUUUGUCAUCAACCCUAACGGAAAGUCCGAGGUUUGCAUCCUACACGAAUAUAUGCAACGUGUGCUCAAGGUCCGACCAGUUUACAACUUUUUUGAAUGUGAAAACCCAAGUGAACCCUUCGGAGCUUCGGUUAUUAUAGACGGAGUCACGUACGGCACGGGAACAGCGAGUAGCAAAAAACUCGCCAAGAAUAAAGCUGCUCGAGCCACGCUGGAGAUCCUCAUCCCUGACUUUGUGAAGCAGACGGCUGAGGAGAAGCCAGUAGAAGGGGAUGAACUGGAGUAUUUUAACCAUAUCAGUAUUGAAGACUCGCGAGUGUAUGAACUGACCAACAAAGCAGGCUUACUGUCACCUUACCAGAUCCUUCACGAGUGCCUUAAGAGAAAUCAUGGGAUGGGGGACACCAGUAUCAAGUUUGAGGUCAUUCCGGGGAAGAACCAGAAGAGUGAAUACGUGAUGACGUGCGGAAAACACAGCGUACGCGGGUGGUGUAAGAACAAGAGGGUGGGUAAACAGCUGGCCUCUCAGAAGAUCCUCCAGAUGUUGCACCCUCACGUGAAGAACUGGGGCUCGCUCCUGCGCAUGUACGGCAGAGAGAACAACAAGAUGGUGAAAAAGGAAAAUUCAGACAAGAGUGUGAUCGAGCUGCAGCAGUACGCCAAAAAGAACAAGCCCAACCUCCACAUUCUGAACAAACUCCAAGAGGAGAUGAGGAAACUGGCUAGAGAGAGGGAGGAGACGCGGAAGAAGCCCAAAAUGACGGUGGUGGAAUCGGCGCAGCCCGGCAGCGAGCCUCUGUGCACCGUCGACGUCUAGCGAAACCUUCACUGACCUGCUCACUCACACUGAAGAUAUUAAAAAAAAAAAAAAAAAAAAAAAAGAAAAAAAAAAAGCACUGAAGGUCACUUCAUCAUCGUUAUAAAUUAUGCAGUUAGCGCAAGAAAGGCAAUACCAGCUCCGUUUUCUCCCAGACACGAGGGUUCAGUUCGCCUGAAUCUCUCUCUCUCUCUCUCUCUCUCUCUCUGUGUGUGUGUGUGUGUGUGUGUGUGUGUGUGUGUGUGUGUGUGUGUGUGUGUGUGUGUGUGUGUGAGAGGAAUUAAAUUUAAUCAGAAUAAAUCCGAUGCACUAGCGGGUGACGAGGUGAAACGUCAUCGUACACGUCCUGAUGCAUACAAAAACCCGCCAUCACUUAUCUCACUUUCCGAUAAAUGAAGAACGUACUCACGUGGUGUCUGAAUGCUGAAUGCUCGCGUUUGUGGAUUUUAAACGUCGUGGCUGCUUUUCUUUCUUUUUUUUUUUUUUUUUUUUUUAAUUUUAAAUAUAUAUAUAGAUGAUUGAUUUAAUAAAGGUUUUCCUGUUGGACAUUUUUUUUUUUCUUCCAUAUUCACUAUUAUGGAUUUAGGUUUGAGAAAGAAAAAAAAAAAGUAGACUUCUGCUGUGUUUGUUUUUUUUAAAUAUUUUUUUUAUUUUUAAAUGAGCUGUGAGAGUCCGUGGUACGAUAACGCAUCGGUGUGAAAUCAGCUUCGUGUCUCGACUGGAUCAGAGUCCGUGUGUUCAGUUUGCAUGUUUGUGAAUUACAUCUCGAAUUUGAGCAGCACAAAAGUUUGAUUUAGCUGGUCGGGGGUGAGGAAGGGGGCAAAAAACUCGGACCUGCCAACCUUUACGCUUUACCUUUAUGUUUUUUUUUUCUUCCUUUGAUAAAAUGGCAGAUUUUUACUGAAGCCAUCGACAUAUGAAUCUCGUAAAACCUUCCGAUGAUAUCUGAUGUCACUUGGAAGCCCCGCCCCUUUCCCUGUCAUCUCACGUGCUCUAGACUCAUUUCCUUAUCUGUUUAUAAUUCCUUUUUUUUUUUUUUUUUUUUUUUUUUUUUGCAGUUACAUCAUUUGUGUUGUUUUUAAAAUGGAAAUUUGCAAGCAAGAGAGAAAAAAAAUCUGUAUCACACAAACCUACCCGCAAUAAAAACAGCAGUUGUGUAGGACUUCUGAAAUGUCCGAUAUUAACUAUCCUCCUAAAAGCCCCGCCCCCUUUUCCGCAUCGUUCAAUUUAGAGUUUCUUGACGUGAAAUAAAGUCUAUCCGCUAACAUUAGAGAAAUAGAUUAGAGUUAGCAUAUGGGAUGCAACUGAAAAUGGUCAAAAAUGUUACUUUUUGCAGCUGAAAGAGAAAAAAACUGGAACAUUUGACCAAACUAGGCUUACAGUGAAGUAUAGAAAAGUUUGCAUGCACAUUUAUUUAUUUAUUUUUACAAUUAAUUGCUGUACAAAACAUCUUUUUCCUAGUCUAGGAAGGAAGAAAGCUCUAAGGCGUAUGUUUAAAAACAAAAAAACAAAACCCUUGCGUCGAAAACACUGUCGGUGCUCGAUGGCUUUCUGCUAAAAACACGUGACCAACACGACACGUGACGCUUCGUUCCAGCUCACGACCACGUGACUUUAUUGGACAACGUUUCAAAAGAAGGUCAUUGGAGGGAAAUGGCGGUUAGAGCGAUUAGCGAUCCAGAGAUAACUUUCAUAGUUAAGGAAUCAGCAAAGAAAUGAGGAUGUUCUGAAGUUUCACCGAAUUAAAUCAUAACCAACGUUACUUAAUGUUACGAACAACAAGCAGGGUUUCCCAAGCUCGCGGUCACGAGAGGAGGAACUCUCGAUCUCCUCUUUUCGUUUCUUUUAAUUAUUUUUUACAAAUUAAUAUUAAAUGUUGAUGGAUUUUGUGUUUAGUAUUUUGAAAUGUUACUGAGUCACGUUCAAACAAGCUGCGUUUACAUGCCAUUUUAGUCUUUUCACUUUUUUUUUUCCCACAUCCUGACACGCUGCACUAGCGUAGCAGCAAAAAAAUUAAAACUGUACGUAAGACACGCAGCGAGUGUGUGAAUAAAACGCCGCUAGUGUUUCCGUUGCUUCUGCACGCAACGCAACGCGACGCAACGUCACGCGCCAAGUAUAACCCAGGCUCCUCUGCUCGGCGUAGUGUCGCAUCACACCACCCCGGCGUUGAUUAUUUUCCUAUAACAGCACAACACAACACUUCCUACAAGACUGGAAGACCAGUGCAGGGAAUAUUCCUUUGGUUUUUAGUCACUUGCGUCACGCAUGCGUACGUUAGUGACGUAAUAAAUUGUCAGAUGAAUGUUACAGUAGUUCUGUAUUAUAGAUCUGGAAUUUAAAAACACGUAAAGUGGCGAAGGCUUGCGGUCGCAGAGGUUUAUGAUGUCCGUUUAGGUGAAAAAAGUUUGGGAACCAGUGCACUAGGAGCUGUGCCUGACCUCCAGACGUCACCGGGGCGCACGCUGUUGAAAAGCUUCGAGUGAUGAAGGAAACUUUUUCGAUGCAUUUGGGAUGAAAGCUUCAUUUUUGCCGUCACUCACUGGUGGUUACCCCGAAAUAAAACCCCGUACCUACGCGCACUAGCGUUUAGAUGAAUCCUCACUCGACAGGACGGAGUACGCGUUAUUCCUCUUCAGGGUUGGCAGGUCUGAGACGAGAAUGCGCCAAGAAUUUUUAUUUAUUUUUUAACCUUUUGGGAAAUGCAGGAUAAUACAUAUCAGCGAGCAUGCAGGGAAAAAAUGCUGCUCGGCCAAGUAAGGAAAGAAAGCUUUCCUUUUAGCCUUUAGCACUGCAGAGAAACCACGAGCACAAGGGCUUGGAGCAUUAAACCCUUCUCUCGCAGAGGAACUGUUAAAAAAAAAAAAAAAAGAUGUGAGAGAUCUUUAUUAUACUCAGCGCUUACGUUCUGUGCCAUUUCUCACGUAGGAAACUAAAGUGAAGCUACCUAGUCGUGUAUUUGCUGUGGAGUGAGAAUAUAAUACUGCUGUUUCCAGCAUGAGUUUGAGUUCAACGACUCGAAUGUAUACUGUGUGUGUGUGUGUGUGUGUGUGUGUGUGUGGAGUACUUUUUUGGCAUCAUUGUGACUGUGACUGUAUACAUUUGAUUAUUUCAGAAACAAACAAAAAAAAAAACAGGAGACAAAAAGGUACCCCAUACCUCGAUCAAAAUAAAUAAAAAAAAAAACUCAAAUGAUGAUAAAGAUGAGCUGAUAAAGUGUAAAGAGAACGUACGAACCAAAGCUUAACGUCUUAUGCAUUUUUAUAGUAUGUAGUUUGCUUCAGGAUAUUUUUAUCACAGUGUGUGUGUGUUUUUUUUUUUUUUUUGCGUAUACAUAGAUGUGAGAAAAAAAAAACAAAAAACAACGCAAUAACUGCUGGAACAACAGUGAAGUUUUUUUUUGUUGUUGCUUUUUCUGAAUGUUUACUGCGUUCGUGUGUGUACAUGAGCACAAAGCCGCCGCCGUCGUCGCCGCUUCCAGAAUGUGCUGCUUCUUCCUCUUCUUCUUCUUCUUCUUCUUCAUCACAUCCACGCUUCACUGCCUGUCCCGUCGCUCUCCAAGUGUGUGUUUGCUGUGAAGAAAAUCGUGUGCAACUUCUCAAAACACGCCCGAGCGCUGCCAUCAUUUCUAUUUUUUCCUUUUCGGUUUGGAACAAAGCUACCUAAAAAAAAAAAAAAAAUCCAUUAAAACUGAAUUCGUUAUGUGACUUGAUGAUAAUCGCUGAAUAACAGUGAUUUCUUUAUGCAAAUGAAUAAAUGUGUCAUGACUGUAA